AAGUUGUCACAAUCGCCUUUGGGACCCAUCUUCGAAAAGGAGAAUUCAUCCUUCCUCACUCUAGUCAAACAUUUUAUGGGAUUUCUUUCGCUUUUUUAAAUGUUAUUAUCUAAAAAAUUAUCAACCCAAGUCCAACCCAUGCCAGUUCACCCGAUUUAACCGUAGAACUCGUACCCACUUAACCCGAAGGCUAAAACGGAGAAAAUCGACAUAUAAUUACUAUGUUUUUUUUUUUUUGAGAUUUUACACCCGAAAUAGUCCAUAGCUAACUAAAACUCUAGUAAGACCUAGAAGUUGACACAUGAUUUGAUGUAUGUUAUAAUGUGAGUUCAUGAUUCAUUCAUUUGGCGCUCACUUGUUUGUCCAUAGCUAACUUGUCUCAUCUCACUUUCAUAUUACUCAAGGGCAUGGCCAGGAAUAGGCAGUUACAACGAUUUUCCAGGAAAGAAAGAAGAGCAUUUUCCCGCCUCAAGAUGGCACUUUCCCGAGAAAACUUAUUUUCCCGCCCAAAUUUUCCGGGAAUAUCCACGCUUCUCAACCACCCUCGCUGCUCUUUCUUCAUCCCCGCGCUAUGCAUACUCGUCUGCGUCGUCUACCUCCUCACGCAGUUCAUCUUCACCGUAAACCUUCUCUCCUACCCACCGCUCGAUUUCGACGCACCGCGCAGAUCACACCUCGAUUCUUCUUCGGAUGUGUUUCACUCCGCGGAGGCUUUCCGACGUGAUUACCAGAAGAUGGAGGAGGAGUUCAAGGUGUUCGUGUACCCUGACGGAGAUCCUGAUACCUAUUUCCACUCGCCGAGGAAACUCACCGGCAAGUACGCAAGUGAAGGAUACUUCUUCAAGAACAUCAGAGAGAGUCGAUUCCUCACCCUCGAUCCUCAUCUCGCUCACCUCUUCUUCAUUCCUCUUUCUUGCCACAAAAUGCGAGGCAAAGGGUUGAAUUACACGGCUAUGAUUGAGGAAGUCCAGGCUUAUGUGGAGAGCCUAAGAUUCAAGUACCCUUAUUGGAACAGAACAUUGGGAGCUGAUCACUUUUUUGUGACUUGCCACGACAUUGGUGUCAAGGCUACUGAAGGAGUUCCGCAUCUGGUGAAGAAUUCGAUUCGAGUGGUUUGUUCAUCGAGUUAUGACGAUGACUAUAUUCCACAUAAGGAUGUUGCCCUCCCACAAGUGCAGCUGCCAUUUUUUCACACUCGAGGGGGAGGGAAUGACAUGAAGAACAGGAAUACACUUGCUUUCUGGGCUGGUCGUUCUGAUUCCAAAUUGAAAGUUAAACUUGCAGCUAUAUGGGACAAUGAUACUGAACUGGACAUCCAGAACAACAGGGUCGACCUUCGAGCAACCGGGUCUGUUGUAUAUAUGGAGAAACUUUAUAAAUCCAAGUUUUGUCUGUGCCCGCAUGGGCCUGUGGGUAGCAGCCGUAUCGCAGACUCAAUCCAUUACGGAUGUGUUCCAGUUAUAAUGUCAAACUAUUAUGACUUGCCUUUUAAUGAUAUCCUGGAUUGGAGUAAAUUCUCUGUUAUACUGAAGGAAACUGACGUUUAUAAGCUCAAAGACAUUCUCAGAAGCAUACCUGAGAAACAAUUCGUGGCAUUGAAUCAGAACUUGGUGAAGGUCCAGAAGCAUUUCAACUGGAAUACACCUCCAGUCAGACUAGAUGCGUUUCAUAUGGUGAUGUAUGAACUCUGGCUACGGCGUCAUCUGAUUAGGUAUUCGCACAUUUUUUAGGAAGCAAAUUUACACUUGACUCCUAGUUGGUGAAACCCCAGAACAAAACAUGUUUUACCACGUGGAAAUUUCAGUAUAAAAUCAGUGAAGUAACAAAGCCUUUAUAAGCAAAAUAGAUGUGUAGGUCUGCAUGAAACUUCGAGACCCUGGAUGAUAUAAUAGAUUUAGCAGAAUAUGAAGUCUCUAUCCGAAAGCAAUAAAUAAUGUUUGGGUUUGGCAUAUUACUACAAAGCUGUUUUGGUUUCUGGUCGCUGCUGCAAGAGUAGAAAGACCAUCCCAUUAAGUACCAUUUUUUAUUCCUCUCGUGAGAUUGCCUCAAUGUCACAAAUUAUGUUACUACUAAAUAGUAAAUACGACAGUUAAAAACUUUUUAGUUAUAACUCCAAAAGGAAAAUUCAGAUUUCAAGUACUGCCAUAUUGCACUGCAAAGCAAUCGGCCAAGACCCUCAUAGCUCCUUGUCCGAACGAAAUUCCAAUCACUGCAAAUGUUGUAUUUCUUAUGUAUAUAGAUUAAUUUAUUUGAGACAAAAAAAAAAUUAAUCGAGAGCUAGAACUGUGCAUAAUAGGGUAUAGUUUUAGAGCAAUUUAUGAGUACUGUACUACACGUUAUCUAAUCUAAACAUU